AUGGGCAACGAACAGUCUUCCAUGCGAUUAACAGAGGAGGAACGUGCGUACUGGCGGCAAAAAGGCUACGACGACUUCGGUGAGAAGUGCAGACCGGUUGAUGCCGCCAAUGCUGCUAAGAGAGAACGAUGGCAGCGCGAGCAAGACGUCCAAGUCACGCAGCAGCAGAAGGACCAGAACUUGGCCGCACAAAAGGCAGCUGUCGAUGCUCAAGUGAAGAAAGCUAGUGAAAAGGCAGCUUCUGAGCAAGCUGCUGCCAAAGCAAAGGCAGACCGAGAGACUGCUGAACACAACGCAGCGGAGGACCAAAAGAGACAACAAGCAAGAACAGAGGCGGCAGCUGCACGUACGGCUUCUGAGAAAGAGGCUCUCGAGAACCGGUUGGCAUCAGCUCAGGAGAGCGUCGCUCAGUCUAAAGCGGCUCAAACCAAAGCGUCGCAGCAAGCACAACUCAGAGACAAGUUCCGCAAAGCCGAGCUGCCAACACGUCCACCGUUGGACGUCCGCCAGCAACCAACAGCGAGGCGACAGGAUCAAGUUGAUAGUCCCGACUCGUCCAGCGGCGAUGAUUACCUCUCGCAAUGGGGUGUGAGGAAGGAGCACAGACAAGUCGAUUCUCCGCUUGAGAGACCAACGGGGGAAUCUCGACGGGUGGGUGACGACGAUAUGUUUGUCUCUACUAAUGAAGACUCAUCACGGCAAACAUCCACGAGAUCAAUUAAACCGCUGCUUACUGUAGACGCCAAUCCGAGGGUGUUGCAAAAUGUUGCGUCCGCCGCUCAUGCCAAAGGCCCAGCACCGUCCAGCAUCACCGCAGCGACACCCGUAUCAGCGAGCGCUGUCUCACCCCGGUCAGCAAAAACGUCGCUAGCAAACACGAGAAAGCCAUCCCAGACAAAUGGGCCGCCAUUUGCAUCGAGUUCCGCCGCUGGUGUUAAGAGAUCACUGCCCAUAACGGACUUGUCCAGCCUUGGUCGAAUAGCAAAGAAGCCACGCACGACAAUGUCGACGUCAGCAUCACCACACUCGCCAAACCAGAACAACGCCUCUGGAGGGCUAUCACCCCCAGAAUGGUACACGAAGCUCAAGCCAGCUGGUCUGGUCAAAGGCGAGGGCGAUGCAGACGGCAUGUUGAAGAACGCGAGGGACUACAUCAAGAAAGCCAAGGAGUCCUACCAUGACGACAAUUCCGCGAAGCCUCCAGAGCACUACUUCAAUGAGCUACGUGAAGUGCUCCAUAAGCUCACAUUCAAGGAGGUCAAUGCACAACUGUUGCGGAAUAAUCGAAUGAUGCACAACGAAGACAGUCUACCCCAAAUUUUCGACAGAAGAUUCGGCGGAGGUGUAAAAUGGCCAGAAGACAUCAAGGCGGACGCAGAAGAGUUGUACCAGAAGUGGAGAAGGCGCGACUUCGACACCGACAUGAUGCGAGGCAUAAAUUUUACCAUAGCUGGUCAACAAGGCGGCGACAGUAUCAAGCCGGGAGCCAAAAGAGAUGCAAAGAGAGCAGGCAACAAUGGCCUAGUCAAUGGGCAGUGGUGGCCUACACUGGUGUGUGCUGUCCGCGAUGGCGCUCACGGUGCAACUGUGGCAGGUAUCGCGGGAGAGAAGGACACUGGAGCUUACUCUUGCUUCAUUUCCGGAGGCGGCGAACACUCAUACCCAGACAUUGACGAGGGAGAAAUCGUUCAGUACUGCGGCACGGACUCUACGAACGGCGAAAUCAGCUCUGGCACACAACUGAUGCUCGAAAGCAUGCGAAAUGCUAUACCAGUCCGUUUCAUCCGCUCCAGCAAGGCCAAAAACAAGUCCAAGGAACCGUCUCAGUAUGCGCCCCAUUUAGGCUUCAGGUACGAUGGACUAUAUGAUGUGAAGAGCUACGAGAUACUGGAUCACAGACUCCACCGACAUCGCUUCACCCUGGUCAGGCGACCUGGACAGGCACCUAUCCGUGCUGGCGAGGGUCCUGAAGCAAGGCCUACGAAGCAAGAACGGGAUGAAUACCUAAAGCACAAGCGGCUCGCUGGCGGCAAGUAG